UGCCUGGCCGCCGAGCCGAGCCGCGCCCGGGAGCCGAGGGCGGCAGCGCGAUGGCAGUCUCCGAGCUCUACACAAAGUAUGCCAGGGUUUGGAUCCCUGAUCCUGAGGAAGUCUGGAAGUCAGCAGAACUUCUCAAAGAUUAUAAACAAGGAGAUAAAGUCAUCCAGCUUCGACUCGAAGAGGGAAAGGAAUUAGAAUAUUGCCUUGAUCCUAAGACCAAGGAACUGCCUCCCUUACGAAACCCUGACAUACUUGUUGGUGAAAAUGAUCUCACAGCACUCAGUUAUCUCCAUGAACCUGCUGUUCUACACAAUCUCAAAGUUCGCUUUAUUGAUUCAAAACUCAUUUAUACCUAUUGUGGUAUCGUCUUGGUAGCCAUAAAUCCGUAUGAGCAGCUGCCUAUCUAUGGCGAAGAUAUCAUCAAUGCAUACAGUGGUCAGAAUAUGGGGGAUAUGGAUCCACACAUCUUUGCUGUGGCUGAAGAAGCAUAUAAACAGAUGGCCAGAGAUGAACGGAAUCAGUCAAUCAUUGUAAGUGGGGAAUCUGGAGCAGGAAAGACUGUCUCUGCUAAGUAUGCCAUGAGAUACUUUGCCACUGUAAGUGGUUCUGCCAGUGAAGCUAAUGUUGAAGAGAAAGUACUGGCUUCCAACCCUAUCAUGGAGUCCAUCGGAAAUGCCAAAACCACAAGGAAUGACAACAGUAGUCGUUUUGGAAAGUAUAUUGAAAUUGGUUUCGAUAAGAGGUACCGAAUCAUUGGUGCUAACAUGAGAACUUACCUCUUAGAAAAAUCAAGAGUGGUAUUUCAGGCAGAAGAGGAGAGAAAUUAUCACAUUUUCUACCAGCUCUGUGCCUCUGCAGCAUUACCUGAGUUUAAAACACUGCGAUUAGGGAAUGCAAAUUACUUUCACUAUACGAAGCAAGGGGGUAGUCCAGUGAUUGACGGCAUUGAUGAUGCUAAGGAAAUGGUACACACCAGACAGGCCUGCACUUUGCUAGGAAUUAAUGAUUUGUACCAGAUGGGAAUCUUUCGAAUCCUCGCUGGGAUCCUUCACCUGGGCAACGUAGGGUUUACCUCUCGGGAUGCUGACAGCUGCACGAUCCCUCACAAACAUGAACCCCUCGCCAUCUUCUGUGACCUCAUGGGGGUGGAGUACCAAGAGAUGUCCCACUGGCUUUGCCAUAGAAAGCUUGCUACUGCCUCUGAGACCUACAUCAAACCAAUUUCCAAACUGCAGGCCAUCAAUGCCAGGGAUGCUCUUGCCAAACAUAUAUAUGCUAAACUCUUUAACUGGAUUGUUGAUCAUGUGAACAAAGCUCUGCAUUCUACUAUAAAGCAGCAUUCUUUCAUUGGUGUAUUGGACAUUUAUGGGUUCGAGACAUUUGAGAUAAACAGCUUUGAACAGUUUUGUAUAAACUAUGCCAAUGAAAAACUGCAGCAACAGUUCAAUAUGCAUGUAUUUAAGCUGGAACAGGAGGAAUAUAUGAAGGAACAAAUUCCAUGGACCUUGAUUGAUUUCUAUGACAAUCAGCCUUGUAUUAAUCUCAUAGAGGCCAAACUGGGCAUCUUGGAUCUGCUAGAUGAGGAAUGUAAGAUGCCUAAAGGAUCAGAUGACUCUUGGGCCCAGAAAUUGUAUAAUACACAUUUGAAGAAAUGUGCACUCUUCGAAAAACCACGUAUGUCAAACAAAGCUUUUAUCAUACAACACUUCGCUGACAAGGUGGAAUAUCAGUGUGAAGGCUUUCUGGAAAAGAACAAAGACACAGUUUAUGAAGAACAAAUCAAGGUCCUAAAAUCAAGUAAGAAGUUUAAGAUGCUUUUGGAGUUGUUUCAGGAUGAGGAGAAGGCCCUUAGUCCCACUUCAGCAACCCCUUCAGGACGCACGCUGCUGUCUCGCACUGCUGUAAAACCUGCCAAGGCCAAACCGGGCCAAGCAAGCAAGGAACAUAAGAAAACUGUGGGACAUCAGUUUCGGAACUCUCUUCAUCUGCUGAUGGAAACCCUUAAUGCUACAACUCCACACUACGUGCGUUGUAUUAAACCCAAUGACUUCAAGUUUCCAUUCACGUUUGAUGAAAAGCGAGCAGUUCAGCAGCUCAGAGCUUGUGGUGUUCUGGAAACUAUCCGGAUCAGCGCAGCUGGCUUCCCCUCAAGGUGGACGUAUCAAGAGUUCUUCAGCCGCUACCGUGUCCUGAUGAAGCAAAAAGAUGUCCUUAGUGACAGAAAACAGACAUGCAAAAAUUUGUUGGAGAACCUGAUUCUGAACAAGGAUAAGUACCAGUUUGGUAAGACAAAAAUAUUUUUUCGGGCUGGUCAAGUAGCCUAUCUGGAAAAAAUAAGAGCAGAUAAGCUGAGAGUUGCCUGCAUCCGCAUCCAGAAGACAAUCCGAGGGUGGCUGAUGCGAAAGAAGUACCUGCGCAUGAGGAAAGCAGCCAUCACCAUUCAGAGAUAUGUCAGAGGGUACCAGGCACGAUGCUAUGCCAAGUUCUUGCGAAGAACCAGGGCUGCCAUCAUAAUUCAGAAGUUCCAGCGCAUGUAUGUGGUUCGCAAAAGAUACCAUCUCAUGCGAGCUGCCACUAUUAUGCUUCAGUCACUUUUACGAGGUUACAUAGCAAGGAACAAAUACCAGCGGAUGCUUCGAGAGCACAAGGCCAUUAUUAUUCAGAAGCACGUGCGGGGCUGGCUGGCUCGUGUGUGCUACCAUAGGAGCUUGAAGGCAAUUGUCUAUCUGCAAUGCUGCUAUAGGCGUAUGAUGGCCAAGAGGGAGCUGAAGAAGCUGAAGAUAGAGGCGCGCUCUGUGGAACGAUACAAGAAGCUCAAUAUUGGGAUGGAGAACAAGAUCAUGCAGCUGCAGCGUAAAGUUGAUGAGCAGAACAAAGACUACAAAUCCCUGCUGGAAAAACUAACUAACCUGGAAACCACGUACAACACAGAGACCGAGAAGCUGCGGAGUGAUGUGGAAAGGCUUCGCGUCAGUGAGGAGGAGGCUAAGAACGCCACGAACCGUGUGAACACGCUCCAGGAGGAGAUCACCAGGCUUCGAAAGGAGCUGCACCAAACACAGUCUGAGAAGAAGACAAUUGAGGAAUGGGCAGACAAAUACAAACAGGAAACAGAGCAGUUGGUAUCAGAACUAAAAGAGCAAAACACAUUACUGAAAAAGGAAAAGGAGGAGCUGAAUCGUCUCAUCCAUGAUCAGGCCAAGGAGAUGACAGAGACCAUGGAGAAGAAGCUUGUUGAAGAAACAAAACAGCUGGAGCUAGAUCUGAAUGAUGAAAGGUUAAGGUAUCAGAAUCUGCUGAAUGAGUUCAGCCGCUUAGAGGAGCGCUAUGAGGAUCUCAAGGAUGAGGUGAAUCUGAUGGUGAGCAUCCCCAAGCCUGGGCAUAAAAGAACGGAUUCCACACACAGCAGCAAUGAAUCUGAAUAUACAUUUAGCUCUGAGAUUACAGAGACAGAAGACUUGCCACUGAGAAUGGAGCAGGAGCCAAGUGAGAAAAAGGCACCACUGGACAUGUCUCUGUUCCUCAAGCUGCAGAAACGGGUUACAGAGCUGGAGCAGGAAAAGCAAUCAUUGCAGGAUGAACUGGACAGGAAGGAGGAACAGGCUCUUCGCACCAAGACCAGGGAGGAGGAGGAAAGGCCGCCAAUGAGAGGCGCAGAACUAGAGUAUGAGUCACUCAAGCGUCAAGAGCUUGAAUCUGAGAACAAGAAGCUGAAGAAUGAGCUGAAUGAGCUGCAGAAGGCCCUUUUGGAGAAGAGCUCUCCAGAGGUGACUGCUCCUGGUGCCCCUGCCUAUAGAGUCCUCCUGGAGCAGCUGACCUCAGUAAGUGAGGAACUGGAGGUACGCAAAGAAGAAGUCCUCAUCCUGAGGUCUCAGCUGGUGAGUCAGAAGGAGGCUAUUCAACCCAAGGAGGAUAAGAAUACUAUGACAGAUUCUACAAUCCUCUUGGAGGAUGUACAGAAGAUGAAAGACAAAGGAGAAAUAGCACAGGCAUAUAUUGGGCUAAAGGAAACAAACAGGCUCCUAGAAUCUCAGCUUCAGUCCCAGAAAAAGAGUCACGACAAUGAGCUGGAAGCUCUCCGGGGUGAGAUUCAGAGUCUGAAGGAGGAGAAUAACCGCCAGCAGCAGCUUUUAGCACAGAACCUGCAGCUGCCCCCGGAGGCCCGGAUUGAGGCCAGUCUACAGCAUGAGAUCACCCGGCUGACUAAUGAAAACCUGUUUUAUGAGGAGUUAUAUGCAGAUGACCCCAUGAAGUAUCAGUCGUAUCGGAUUUCACUUUACAAACGGAUGAUUGAUUUAAUGGAGCAGCUUGAAAAGCAGGACAAGACAGUUCGCAAGCUGAAAAAGCAGCUGAAAGUGUUUGCUAAAAAGAUUGGUGAACUUGAAGUGGGCCAGAUGGAAAACAUUUCGCCUGGGCAAAUCAUUGAUGAACCCAUACGUCCAGUUAAUAUUCCACGGAAAGAAAAGGACUUCCAAGGAAUGUUAGAAUAUAAGAAGGAUGAUGAGCCAAAACUGGUCAAGUAUCUUAUUUUAGAUCUGAAACCACGUGGUGUGGCAGUCAACCUGAUCCCAGGACUACCAGCAUAUAUAUUAUUCAUGUGUGUCCGCCAUGCUGAUUACCUUAAUGAUGAUCAAAAAGUGAGAUCAUUGCUGACUUCCACUAUUAAUGGCAUCAAAAAAGUAUUGAAGAAAAGAGGUGACGACUUUGAAACGGUCUCCUUCUGGCUAUCUAACACCUGCCGAUUUUUGCACUGUCUGAAGCAGUAUAGUGGAGAAGAGGGAUUUAUGAAGCACAACACACCUCGUCAGAAUGAACACUGCCUCACCAAUUUUGACUUAGCUGAAUACAGACAGGUAUUGAGUGACUUGGCUAUUCAGAUCUACCAGCAGCUCAUCAGAGUGUUAGAGAAUAUUCUGCAGCCAAUGAUUGUUUCAGGAAUGCUGGAGCAUGAAACUAUUCAAGGCGUCUCAGGGGUAAAGCCACCAGGGCUGCGAAAGAGAACGUCCAGUAUUGCUGAUGAAGGGACCUACACGCUGGACUCCAUCAUUAGACAGCUGAACACAUUUCACUUUGUAAUGUGUCAGCAUGGCAUGGAUCCGGAGUUGAUCAAGCAAGUCAUCAAGCAAACCUUCUACAUCACUGGGGCGGUAACCCUGAAUAACCUCCUCCUGCGCAAGGACAUGUGUUCCUGGAGCAAAGGGAUGCAGAUACGGUACAAUGUGAGUCAACUUGAAGAAUGGCUACGUGACAAAAAUUUGAUGAAUAGUGGGGCUAAAGAAACACUGGAGCCUCUCAUUCAGGCCGCACAGUUGUUGCAGGUGAAAAAGAAGACGGAUGAAGAUGCAGAAGCCAUUUGUUCAAUGUGCAAUGCUCUAACUACUGCACAGAUUGUAAAAGUUUUGAAUUUGUAUACUCCAGUUAAUGAGUUUGAAGAAAGGGUCUCAAUAUCAUUUAUACGUACGAUACAGAUGCGUUUACGAGACAGGAAGGACUCUCCUCAGCUGCUAAUGGAUGCUAAACACAUCUUUCCUGUUACUUUUCCUUUUAAUCCAUCCUCCCUCGCAUUAGAAACCAUUCAAAUUCCAGCCAGCUUGGGCCUAGCAUUCAUCUCACGUGUCUGAACCAAGGAUGCACUGUCAGCUGUUGACAAUGAGUCUGUUGCCUGAAAUCUGAAUCCAUUAAAACAUAGUGAGCCACUGAAAAUACGUUUUUGAAGGGACAACGCUGUAUAUGCCCAGAUUUUUAGUAUGGGUAGCUGGAAAUCUACAUAACUGUACCACAACUGGAAGGCUAAUAGAAAGAUGUGCAUUUGUAUAGGUCAUUAUUGUCAUGUAGACACAUUACUGAUUGUUACGUUUCCAGAGUAUGAAUAUAGGGCUUGGGCAAAAAUUGUCUUCAGCUGCCUAGAGACAUUUUUAGAUCUUUAGUAACAUAUUUAAAUAGUGUACAUUAAAAUCCAUACACAAUCUGCUCAUAGGUAGGGACCAAUAAGGACAGACACGGUACUAUAAGUGGAGGACUGGAAGAAAUACAUUUUGUAGUAGAAUACAUAGUCAUGUAGGAAUCUAUUUCUCCGUUAGGGUUUUUGACAAUUUAAACAUAGCGAACUUGCAAUAUAUAAAACAAUUUGUUAAACAACUUCCUUAUUUAUGUCAGCAUGACAUAAAUUAUGAAGUAUUAAAGUCUUUUGGCUUACUGUGCGAUAUAACAUAGGUGUUCAUUUGUUAGUGCUGUGGUUUACUAAACACAUUAAACUGCUGCUGAGUAUAGUGUUCUUUAAAAUGUAUGACAGUAUCCUUUAUUAGGCACUAAAAUAAGAGACUUCACUUUUUAUUGUCAAUUUUGUUUACAGUCCAAUGCAAUCUAUUCUUUUAACUGGAUUUAUGCAAAUGUCAACAAAUAUCACCUGGAAAGAAAAAAUGGUAACUAAGCACAAGUAGCAUACUGGAAGUUACAUAAUAGUUUUCUUUACAGAUAGGGCACUAAAAUACUUGUCUUGUGGCAAAAUGAACAAAAGUCAGUCAUGAUUAUAAUAUUUAUUUCAUAUUUUGUAGUUGGUUAGGGUUUUUCCUUUGUCCAAUUUUAGUCCAAGGAAGUGGCAUUAUAUUUUUUCAAUAUCAUCCAUUUUAUGUCUUUGUCACACUUUUUAAGAUGUAUUCUCAAAUACCUAGAAUGAAAGGAGAAAUUCCUUGAGUAGCCCAAUAUCUUUAUUAGUCUAUAUAUUGGCUUCUGGAAAAAUACAACAAACAUUGACUGGGAAGGGAGUAUUUAAAAUUGUGCAGUUUGUGAAUCUAUCCACAUAGUUCAAUGAACCUAUUUAACAAAAGGGUUACUUCAUGCUAGAAAAAUAGUUUUUAAAGAAAUCUAUAAAGUGUUCUGUAAGAUCCAGACUGCACAAUGAGAAAUUAUAGUUGUUUUGGCCUCUGCGUUUCCAAUCUGAAAGAAUAUUCCAUCUUUCACGGCUCUGAUCUGCUCCAGUGUGGAAUUUAUAUUUCAAAAUGUACAACAAUUAAGUCAGAGACCUUGGUCAACACUCUGUUUCUGAAUUUUAAAACAUGGUCAGUGGUGUAUGGUUCAAAUAUACAUAUGAAAAAAUUGCACAUUACUAAAUUGCAGUGUGCAAUAUUUUAAUGUAUCAUGCAACUUAGCAACUUAGCAUGAAGAUUUAUUUAUUUAAAAGAACAGAAAAAUAUUCUGUAGGUAGACUUUUAGAAUGUUCUGGUACUAAUCAGCCUGUGAACCUACAGAAUAAUUUUGCUAUCAGCUGAGCAGACCAAUACAUUUCAGUUAUGUUUUGAGAUAUAUACAUGCACCUUAUUUAUGGUGACUGAUAAAAUGUAUAAUAAAGAAAGCUUGAUCUUUGUCAGUACCAUUUUGAAAUGCUUAUGCCUUUUUAUUUUCGGAAGUGUGUGCCCAUUUUUUGUGUUUAAUAGCUCACUACUGAUAUGUUUAGGUACCUACAAGUAAGAAUUGCAUCUUUAAUUUGGAUGAUCUUUGUUAAAUUAUUUAAAUUAUUUUCAUAUGCAAAGUAAACCAAAAGUACUUCAUUCAAAUAUGUUUGUUAUUUUAUCUCUGAGGCCAAGGAUCAUAUAAGCUGGCUCCAAACACAGUAUCAUGUAAUAUGGUGGAGUGUACUAAUCUUUCAGAGUUUCAGGAAGUACUGCACUUGUUAAUAUGUCAUGAAAAAGCCCUGGUAUCCAGUAAUAGCAUAAGAGCAGGAAAUAGGUGAAAACAUUUAGAAAAAUAGAAACUUUCCCCCUCCUGUUUAAGUAAAAUUGGCACAACAGUAUAUUUAUACUGUAAAUCAGGAAAUAUAUCUACUACUUAAACACAUAGUUAUGAAAAUUCGUUAAAAUGUAUUUUUGUUUUUAAAAUUUGUUUACCUGUAUAAAGCCUUACUGUGUCUUGUUUCCUUAACAAAGUAGUAGUAAGUUGUUUAUAGGUAUUAUCCUUAAAUUCAGUGGUUUGAGUAGUGUUACAUUUAUAUCACAUUAAAAGUGUAUGCUGCUUGACAUGUUUUAAAGGAAAAUAUUUCUAAGUUGAAAUAGAUGUGUACUUGGUAAAUCAUCUAAAAUUUUACAUAACAGUAUUUUACAUGCACUUUUCAAAAAAUAAUUUUAGUGUUGAUUUAUGAUAUAAAAUAUUUUUCACCUUAGGUUUAAGGUCUCUUUAGAUAACCAUGAAAACAAAUAUAAACAUCUUUUUAAAACUUAUAUUUUUUCCUUUGAAUCAUGAUUAUGCUCUUUUUAUGUGGACGUAACUUUUAUAUUUUAAUUUAUUAUCUAUUGAUAUAGUAGAUUCUGUUGGAUGCAGGAAAUUAUUAAUUUGUCAAUGUCCCUUUUGACAUAUGUAACCAUUCUGAAGAUGUCGCACAAUAAUUACCUCAUUGAGUUUGGUAUAUUUUUAGUCCAGCCAUUAUUUUGUUCAGCCUUUUGCAACAUAAUCUUCUAUCCAAAUUUUAACCAAUUGCUACCCAGGCUUUAAUCCGAGAUGGAACUUGAAAGUGCUUAAAGAAUUUUGCUUUAUUAAAUGUGAUUAAUCUAGUCUACUUGAUCAGAAUAGAAAGAUAUGCUAUACUUCAUCUUUGAAACAUUGAUUUUUUUUAAUCCAUUAACAGUUGUUCCAUACCUGGAAACACCAGCAUUUGAAAGCUGAAGGUCUAUAUCAUUUAGGAUUUAAAACUGAACACAUUUCAAAAUAUCAUACAAGAAUUCUGAGAGAAUGACUUUUGUUUUUUAAGAUGCUGAUAAUUCAUCUGACAAAUAAAAGCCUUUAAACAGGUUUUCACUCUGUACCACCACAGUAUAUGGAUGAAAACCAAACCAAUUCAGAAUGACAUAUGCUUUGAAAUGUUGUAGUGUCUGAUGUUGUAUUUAGUAAAUGUGUGCAUCAUAAACACUGUAUCCUAUUAGCUGUCACUGAAAAAUGUCCAAAUAAAAAACUCUACAGCUGUU